AUGCUGAAGAAGGGCAAGUGCCAUCCUUGUGACUGGACGACCUGCUAUGAUGAUGUGGCCUUCAUCCGCCAUCUCCUCGCAGACCUGGAAGAGCGCUACUGCGUAGACCUGGAUCGCGUCUACGCGUACGGCUGCUCGAAUGGCGGCUUGUUUGUUCAUGAGCUUGUCCAAAGCCUGCCCGAGGACUUUGCCGCAAUAGCAGCAGCCUGCGGGGGAAAGCCUCAUCGAGGCUACGAGAGGGCCUUCAAGACCGGUGGAGCACCUGUGUCCAUGAUCCUCCUGCAGGGCAAGGAUGACAGAACCAUCCCUGCGCACACGCCUGCGUCAUCUGUGAGCUGGUGGGAUGGCUACUACUUUGCCAACGAAACAGCGGUUCUGAGUGCCUACAAGGACUACAACAACUGCCAGAAUUCGGAGCCGCGAGGUUUUGCGCUUCCACCCGGGGUGAGCAGCAGGGGGCUGUCCUGCGUGGAGCAUGGCUACCUUUGUUCCCGGAAUUCUUCCGUGGUCGAGUGCCAGUUCGAGGGUUGGCACGAUGUGUUGUGGGAGUCGCACGAAAACAGCAUCGGAGAUGGUCCGGAAGCUGCCUGGUUCUUUAUGACGCCAAACGGAGGUCUGUGGAGUUUCGUGAAGCAUGCAGGAAUUGGUGCUGCUUUCCUGGCCUUUGGGCUCACCGUGUACUGCUCUCAUAAGAGGCAGAAGACUGAACCAGGGCUCCCUCAAGUGAACCGGCACGUGCUGACUUACCUGCCGGCGUCGGCUCCGGAAGGAGAGCCCAUCCCCCUUGUGCUGGUCUUCCACGGAUGGGGUGGGGAAGCUGCGUCGUACCUCGGUGGCCUUGAGAAAUCCUUCGUGGGAAUUGCGGGGUACCACGCCGAUUUCGGAAAGCUUGCAGAGCAUGCCCAGUUUCUGGCGGUAUACCCGCAAGGCCGCGCUAGGUGCGUGGGCCUCUUUACCUGUUGGGCAUCCCGCCUGGUGCAGGAAGCUUGUGAUGCAAACGGACGACGCUUCUCCAGUAAGAACCUCCAUGCCGUCUACCCACAUGCGACCUGCUUGAACGAUACGGCCAGCGGCUACACGUCCUGGAAUGGAGCGGGGUCUUCCACCUCGAACCAGAGCCUUCAAUCUUGCAAGACAAGCGUGACGACUACAGGCGCGUGCUACGACAGCUGCAAGCUGAAGAAAGGCAAGUGCCAUCCUUGUGACUGGACGACCUGCUAUGAUGACGUGGCCUUCAUCCGCUAUCUCCUCACAGACCUGGGAGAGAAAUUCUGCAUAGACCUGGAUCGUGUCUACGCGUACGGCUGCUCGAAUGGCGGUUUAUUUGUUCAUCAGCUGGCCCAAAGUCUGCCCGAAGACUUCGCAGCAAUAGCAGCAGUCUGUGGGGGAAAACCCCAUCGAGGCUACGAGAGGGCCUUCAAGACCGGUGGCCCGCCUGUGUCCAUGAUCCUCCUGCAGGGCAAGGACGACGAGACCAUCCCUGCGCACACGCCAGCGUCAUCUGUGAGCUGGUGGGAUGGCUACUACUAUGCCAACGAUACAGCUGUUCUGCGUGCCUACAAAGACUACAACAACUGCCAGAAUUCGGAGCCGCGAGAUUUUGCGCUUCCACCCGGGGUGACCAGUGAGGGGCUGUCCUGCGUGGAGUACGGCCACCUUUGUUCCCAGAAUGCUUCCGUGGUCGAGUGCUUGUUCGAUGGCGGACACGAUAUGGUACAGGAGACAGGCUCCAACGGCAUUGAGGAUGACCCCGAAGCUGCCUGGUUCUUUAUGCAGCAAGAGCCCUGUGUCAAAGUACAGGGGCAAUGCAUGACACGGGUUGCUGGUUCUAUUCAGCAGGUGAUGCUCCCCAAUUUGACAGACAACAGAAUAUCACUCGACAGACAUGCCCCCACGGAGCGCCGUUCUCAGCGACGGUACACAUUUGAGAGCGCGCUGGCCUUCUCCUAG